AUGAGCCAAGAAAAGGAUGGCUCCGCUCCACGGAGGAACUGCCUUAACAUAUUCUUUCCACAACAAGUGGAGUCAACCAAGGCCAAGUCAAAACACUACCUGUAUGGAGUCCGCAGACAUAACACAUACGUAGUGAUUCAUGUUACACACAAGCAGAAUGGCAACUGCGCAAAGGGCCACCUCGAAGGGGUCCAAAUAGUUGGCGAGCUAUUCUUCGCGCAGGAUGUGGAUGACAUACACAAAGCGAGUGCGUUAAAACGACAAGACGAAAAUGGUUGUAACUAUCUGUAUGUGGCUCAUUAUGGAGGGAGGCCCAUGCUUAUAAGUGGACAAACAGAAGAGAUAAAAAAUCAAGAUGCCCUAUUCAUACUGUAUAAUUUGAGCAAGUACAUUUAUAUCAUUUCGGAUGACCAUGUGAGUAGGCUCGUUUGGGAGGCACUUAGGAAAGAUGGUAUGUUGGAAAAGAAGACAGUUAAAAAAAAGGGGGCAGAAGAGUGCCACCACGAGAAAGACAAACAAGUCGAUAGGGAUAAAAUAGAAUCUGAUGAUAUCUACAGGGGAAACAGCAUGGAAAAGGAAAAUCAAGAAACAUCCCCUUGUGAUGGAAGCCAUCUUAAAUGGGAUAUCGACAAGGACGGGCAGACUGAACAGACAGAUCGGUUGGACCAUUUGAAUAGAUCACAUUGUAGCAAUGGACACAUAGGGAACGAGAGGAACGAGAGAAAAGAGCAGGAAUUGAACAUGCAUGAAAUAAUCACCCUAUUGAAUAAAAGAAACGAGUACGCAGAUAGGAUAGAAAAAGGUGGAGAGGAAAAUGGUCCUCGCGGUGAUCAGGACGACACCACCAAUCUGGCAGAGCAAAACGUAAGAUGUAUCCUUUCGGUCCUCUUAUUUUUAACCUACCUUGUCUCAUCACUGACCACAUCAUUUUACUACCUCCUGUGUAUAUUAGACAAAAUAUACACGAGGUUUUUUUCUAGAAAUAUAAAAAGUUCCCUCAGUUUUUUCAAAGACAGGUUGCACAUGCAUUCGCAAUGGCACCCCCUGUUGACUAGCCUAAUGAGAAAUAGACACAGUCCACCUGAUUAUGCAAAAUACAAAGAGCUACUCUUGAUUCGAUUGUGUAAUUUCAUCAUAGAUGUUAUGUUGGGCUUCUUCGUCUUUAUGAUACUCUCUCAUGAAAUAAUAAACUUGCAUGUCGCUUUUCAGAAAGCAAGCGUUUUAUACGACUCCGGCACGUUGACGUCAAUACUGGGAACCCUACUGCAGAACCCUCUGGGGUUGAAGCUAAACAACAACUUCACCUCCUUUAUUGGAAGUAUAAUCGUCUCCAUCCUGGACAAAUGGGAUUAUUUCAAAAAUGUGUUUUCAUUAAGGAGCUCCUCCGCUGUACAAAUCCUAAAACUAUCAUCCCUCUGCGGGGUUUCCUUUUUUCUCUCUUUCUUUAUGGACUACCUGAAAUUGAUAACUCUCCAUGUCACACUCAUUUUCAAUUUCCUAAAAAAAAUUCUCUCUAUAUUCCACAGCAACAUGUAUUCUCUUUACCUCCUGUUCAAUGGGAAAAAAUGGAAUAUUUUGAAACUACGAGUGGACACAAAUUACUACACCAAUGAGGAGGUCAUUCUUGGCACCAUCCUCUUUACCAUACUGAUUUUUUUGUACCCAACCGUUCUUGUGCUCUUUUUAGUUUUCGGAAUUAUUUACGUCGUCAUCAGGAGAAUUAUAUAUUUCCUCUCCUUCUUGAAGGAAAUCAUCUUGUACACUCCUUUUUAUAUCCUCCUUUUGAGGAACUCGCAGAAUGGUUACAUCAGCAAGGGGAUAAGGCUCACCGUGGACAAACCAGUGCAUAACAUGGAAUGGACAGAUUUUCCCAAGUCACACUACCUCCUUCUGGAAAACGACAAUUUUGCAUUUUUCGACAAAAUGAAUUUGUUCCUGGGCAUCUUCAUCAGCCGGAAGGGUGAAGAGUGA